AUGAGUGCCAUGAAGUUUUGCCGUGAAUGCAACAACAUCUUGUAUCCCAAGGAGGACAGGGACCAGAAGGUGCUCCUCUUCGCCUGCAGGAACUGCGACCACCAGGAGGUCGCAGACAACAACUGUGUCUACCGGAACGUGGUGCACCACAGCGCUGGAGAGUUCACCCAGGUGCUCCAGGACGUCGCAGGUGACCCAACCCUUCCCCGCACCAAGGAAGUCCGCUGCGCCGUCUGUGGCCAUGGCGAAGCUGUCUUCUUCCAGGCCACCGCGAGAGGGGAGGAGGGGAUGACGCUCUUCUUCGUCUGCUGCAACCCGAGCUGCGGCCAUCGAUGGAGAGAAUGA